AUGGCGCAAGGCAACGCAACCAGCGGCGGGAAGCAAGCAACUGCAUUAACAUUCGGAGCCUUCGAAGAAUUUAUUCCCGGUACGGGUUCUGCUUGGCCUUCAUACCUGGAAAGGUUAGAAUUUUACUUCACCGCCAACGACAUCACUUCAAGCGACAAGAAGCGAGCUGUGCUGUGCACGCAACACACUUCAACCCGAAACCUUCGGUUAUCGUCGGAAAACCUUCGGUUCCAGUUCGGGAAGCGUGACCAGCGGCCUGGGGAAAGUGUUGCCGACUAUGUCGCCGAACUUCGUCGGUUGUCCGAACACUGUGCCUUUGGGUCAACGCUUGACGACAUGCUUAGAGACAGACUUGUCUGUGGACUUCGUGACGAGUCUCUCCAGCGACGACUGUUAGCUGAGUCCAACUUGACCUUCACCUUGGCUCAGGACAAGGCGAUAGUAGCAGAAUAUGCUCUUCGUGAGACCGAUGUUUACAGUCUUCAGAAGGAUGGCGUCGCAGGAGGUGCUAAGCCUAACAGAACGAAGCCGAAACAUGACAGUGCAGGACAGCCAACCAGUGCAUCAACGAAAUGCUUCCGCCGCGGAGGAGUUCACGUACCGGACGACUGUCCGUUUCGACACGCAGUAUGCCAUUACUGCAAACAACGGGGCCACAUCGUGAAAGUUUGCCGGAAGAAAGCUAAGGCGAGACGUUCGCCGACGACGCAAAAAUCUUCAAGCGGGAGACCAGACGGCCACCGUCGUGGUCGAGGAGCCGACGUUUACGGCGUUUUCCAAAUAACAGCUGAAGAACCAGCGGUCCGCGUGUCGGUAGAAGUCAAUGGACAGCCUCUUGAAAUGGAGGUGGACUCGGGAGCAGUUUGCCUUAUGGUCAAUGAGAGGACCUUUCGGCGACUUCGUCUGUCCAAACACAAACUUCAGCUCUGUGAGCUCCGCCUUCGUACGUAUAGCCAACAGGAGUUGAGGGUAUUGGGUUCCGCAACUGUAAAUGCUUGCUACAAGGGUCGUCAAGAGCGACUGCGCGUGGUGGUCGUCAAGGGAGCUGGUGUGAGUCUACUUGGCAGGGAUUGGUUCAAGGCCCUGGGAAUUGAGGUGAAGAUCCAUCGACUGGAUGCCGGUGUCAAGAACCUAGGCUCUUCAACAACGCCGGUGCUGCGUAAAUACGCAAAGGUCUUCCAACCAGGAUUGGGAAAGAGCAAGGGACCGCCAGUAAGGGUAGAAGUGGAACCUACCGCCCAGCCAAAGUUUUACAAGGCAAGACCAGUGCCCUUUGCAUUGUUGCCAAAGGUGGAUGAAGCUUUGGACAAACUUGUUGAACAAGGCAUCCUUGAGCCGGUUAGACAUUCAUCGUGGGCCACACCUAUCGUGCCAGUGGUCAAGAAGAACGGCGCAAUAAGGGUAUGCGGGGACUACAAAAGUUCUGUUAAUCCCGUUGUCCGAUGGGAAACUUAUCCACUGCCCACUCCAGAAGAACUGUUCUCGAAACUUUCUUGUUGUUCGCUGUUUUCAAAGCUUGAUCUGGGUCAAGCGUACCAGCAGCUGACAGUGGAUAAGGAGACUGCCGAUCUGUUAACCAUUACUACGCAUCGUGGACUGUUCCGUGUCACACGUCUACCCUUCGGAGUGGGAGUAGCUGUUGCUAUAUUCCAGCGUUAUAUGGAGGAACUGUUGCAAGGCCUCGAUGGAGUGCAGGUUUACCUUGACGACAUACUGGUAGGCGGCAAGAAUGAGGAAGAACACAACACCCGGCUUGAAGCUGUACUGCGAAGGAUCCUUGAGGAUGGUGUCCGCUUAAACAAGGACAAGUGCCUGUUUGGUGUAAAGGAAGUCAUUUUUUGGGACACAAGAUCAGCGCCGGCGGAAUCCAGCCAACUGAUGACAAAGUUAAGGCUAUCCAUGAAGCACCUGCACCAAAAUGCAAGAAGGAACUACAGGCCUUCCUCGGAGCACUGA